AACUGACUAAAAGUAGGUGAAACGAAAUAUGAAGCUAAAAAGUAAUAAAUGCUUCACUGACGCUCUCUGACGGCUUCAUUAGGUAUUAAUAUCACGUGAUAUUUCUUACAAGAUUAGUUACCAAUGAAUGAACCAAUAAUCAUGUCUGCAUAUACGAAUCUAGCGCCCUCUCGUUUCAAUUUCAUGUAAUUUCCUGUAAUUAAAAUAAUAACCUCUUAAUUUUUUGUCUUCCUCAUAUUACAAUUUCAUACAAAAUAUGUAUUAAAUAUAUAAUUAGUAGUAUAUAAAAGUAAUUUUUUUAGAGAAAAAUAAGUUAUUUCACUAUUCGAUCACUAAUUUGCCAAAGAUACAAUGGAAGAAUGUCCGAAUAUUAUUGUACGUUUAGCAGUAGAUAGAGUAGAUAUGAAUUUAAUUACAAGUGAAAAUGUUCAACCACGAUUUUAUACUCCUGGAGAAGAAAUUUCGAGUCAACCUAAUUUUUUAAGGGGUCAUGGAACUUACGUUGAUGAUGAAAACACGUUAAGAGCUUCAGUUGCUGGAGUUUUAGAAAAAGUUAAUAAACUAAUAUCAGUACGACCAUUGAAAGCACGUUAUCAGGGUGAGAUUGGUGAUGUCGUUGUUGGACGUAUAACUGAAGUACAACAAAAGCGUUGGAAGGUUGAUAUAAAUUCUAAACUUGAUUCAAUUCUCUUAUUAUCUAGUGUAAAUUUACCAGGAGGAGAAUUGAGACGACGAUCUGCUGAAGAUGAACAAACAAUGAGACGUUACUUGCAAGAAGGAGAUUUGAUUUGUGCAGAAGUACAAAGUACUUUUGUAGAUGGUUCUAUAUCAUUACAUACAAGAGUUCUAAAAUAUGGCAAAUUAUCUCAAGGGAUAAUGUUAAAAGUACCACCUACUCUUAUAAAAAGAAAAAAGACUCAUUUUCACAAUUUAGAGAAUGGAGCUAGUUUAAUAUUGGGAAAUAAUGGCUAUGUAUGGAUCGGUGCUAAUACACAAGAUACAGAUAAAUCAGAGGGUGGCUUUACGCAGGAUUUAUCUAGAGUACCUCAAGAUAAUCGUGAAGUAUGUGCUCGUCUUCGUAAUUGUGUUUUAAUUUUGGCACAAUGUAACAUAAAAUUAAGUGAUACAUCUAUAACAUAUGCUUAUGAAGAAUCUAUGAAAUAUAAGGUGAGCGAAUUAUUGCUACCUGAAUCAGUAUGGACAAACAUGGAUGCAUGUUUUACUGCCUUUGACAAGGAUGAAGAUGGAUUUCUAUCUGUAUCAGAAUUUAAACUUAUAUGCUGUGCCUUAUUUCGCAAUAAUCUUGGUAAAGUUUAUACACUUGAAGAAGAUCAAUUGCAAGAAAUAUAUUCAAUCUUUGAUCUAAAUAAUGAUGGAAUGAUAGACAGAGAAGAAUUUGAAAUAUGCUGGAAUCUUUGGAUUAAAGUUUGUACACGUCCAAAAAGUGCCUUUCUUAUUGUGGAUGUACAGAAUGAUUUUAUAUCAGGAUCUUUAAACAUUAAACAUUGUGCCGCACAACAUGACGGAUUAGAAGUAGUUGAACCUAUUAAUCGUUUAUUGGAAACAGUAACAUUUGAUGCUGUAUUUUAUUCACUUGAUUGGCAUCCUGUAGAUCAUGUAUCUUUCAUUGAUAAUUUACCUUUUAGGGAAAUUGAUGAAAGUAAUGGUAUGUCUAAAGAAAUGAUUCGAGUAUAUGACACUGUAACAUUCAAAGGACCACCUUCAAUAAACCAAAGGCUAUGGCCUCGUCAUUGUGUUCAGGAUUCAUGGGGUGCUGAACUUCAUAAAGAUUUAAAAAUAGUUAAAAAUGCUAUAAAAAUUUACAAAGGAACUAAUUCGGAAGUAGAUUCAUAUUCCGUAUUUUGGGAUAAUAAAAAAUUAACAGAAACAACAUUAGCUUCACAAUUACAAGAUAUAGGCACCACAGAUAUAUACAUUUGCGGAUUGGCAUAUGACGUAUGCGUAGGUGCUACUGCUGUUGAUGCAAUGACAAGCGGUUAUCGUACUAUUCUUAUCGAUGAUUGUAGCCGUGGAGUUGAUUUAGUGGAUAUUGAAAAAACAAAAGCAAAUGUAAUAGCUAAUAAUGGAAUUAUUGUAAAUUCAAGUCAAGUAAAAGCUAUGGUCGAAGGAAGAGACAGAAGACCAGAACUCGGAUAUAAACUUGCUUUGGAAAUUAAAAAGAAAUUAAGUGCCAUAAAUAAGGUUGAUAAAUAG